AGUUCACUCCAGGAUGUAUAAAACCAGCGUCGACGAGAGGAUCCAGUAUCAGAACCGCUGGAGACACCAGGACCAGCAGAAGUACCUCAAGCCAUCUAAGGAAUUCUCAACUUUCAUCCGAAAAAUCGUGUAGACCAGUUCCUAAACUUUCGUCGAGACUUCCGUCGCGACCAUGAGACGCACAAGGCAUCACGUGCUGCCUGUCAAAUCCUGGCAGUACAUAGGCCUAAUGAUAGUAUCAUUAGCGUGUUUGAUACUUGGACAUGUGUCGCGAGAUCGAGAAGGGAGAGCUGGAAGUCUUGCAGGACCGGAGCUGAAACAUACUGCUCCACAUGAAGUGGAUGCAUGUCCUAAUGACAACCCCUUCACUCACCGAUUGCCCUCUGCUGACGACGUGGCAGCUACCCCAGGAUUCGACCCCACUACCAUAACUAGAUCCUCUAGAUCGCUCGACCACCGUGCGACGUCUCGACACCUAGAGCGAUCCCAGCGUGAAUCGCGAAGGGUCCUCGAGAGAUCGGCACGAGAUGUUCGAAAUACUAGGGAUUCGCGGAAUCGCGUUGUUGUACAUCGCGCGAACACUAGAGAUGUUCGAGCAGAGGAGAAUCAAAGACUGACAAGAUCGCAAGACACCAGAUCAGAGCGACGAGUCAUCAGCCGUCACGAGGAUCGUCGGUCGGUGUCACUCGAUCGCACUUCCAGGACUGACCGAAUACGAGAAACUCCAACCGAACGUCGAACAGAUCCGUCCAGGCUUCUGCAGCGGAGACUAUCCGAGAGAAGAUUGUCUGACCGUCGAAGUGAGGAGAGACGUGAGGAUGUACGUGUCGACCGGAUGGCCCGAGCCCGAUCAUCUGAUGACGAUAGGCGAGUUCGUUCCCUCGACAGAAGAGUCCAACCGCUCGAACGGAGGAGGACGGAACGUCGUACCAACCCGGAAGUAGAGGUUCGAGAGCGUCGAGCGAUCGCUACUCGACGAAGUUCUGAACGACGCGACAUGCGAUCUGAUAACCGAAUGGAACGCGCCGACGUUGCGAGAUCGAUUGAAAGGAGAGAGAUGGCGUCUGAGAGACGUCAAGAGACUGAACGAAGGACGAACUCGCGACUGCAGCGAGAACGAUCUGCAGAAAAUCGAGGUCAAGGUUCUGAAGACAACCGAACGAGAAGAAAUGUCGCACAAUUCGUUGAACGUCGUGCAACGCGCGGUCCAGUCCGUCAGCAGCGCUUGACGGAAUCAAGGAUGGAGGCUCGAAGAUCGAUCAGAUCGGCGGAACGAGUGGAUAAUCGAGAUUCCGAGCGUCGAGCCAGAAUCAAUACUGAAGAUCGAAGAUCGGGGGAACGUCUCGAAAGCCGCCGUCAACAGACGACACGUAAUGACGCUUCGAGAAGGACAGCCGACCGAAAUUCCGUCGAUCGUGUUCUCAGUCGUAAUCCGGAGCGUCGAGAACGACUUACGAGGGAACGGACGAAUGUUCGGCUGUCGGAUAUGCGAUCGGCGGAGCGCUUACCAUCAGAGCUCCUCUCCACACGUAAUUUAGAUCGUCAAGAACGUCUAACACGGGAGAGAACUGCCUCUGGACGAUCGCGCGAACGAUCCGCCGAUCGCCGAUCCCCGGAGCGUCGUCUGAGCCGAGCAGAUCAUCAGGAACGACUCGUCACCGAACGGAGCCGUCAACAACGAUCUCUAGAACGCACCUUGACUCGUGUUUCCAUCCGCGAAAGAGCUGACAUCCGCUCGGAAGACCGAAGAUCCUUCGAACUUCGUCACACCCGAUCUACAGAACGUCAGCAAUCAAUCCAACGGGUUCGUUCAAACGAAAGGAGAGAAUCUGAACCCUCAGACAUGCGACGGGAGACGUCCUGGGUGAAUUCCCUACGACAGAACACGGCUCCGUCUCUCCAUCGUCGUCAAGUCGAACGCGAGACGAGGGAGGAGCGCAGAACGUCACGGGAAAACUCCAGGGAAAAUGACAGACAGAGACGUAUUGUAAGAGCCGCUGAAACCAAAAACGGUCAUCGCAGCGCAGACAACCAAAUCUACCUCACGACAGUACCGACUCUAGGGGACAGCAAGGAUCUCACCGAGGGCACUAAUUACGAAGUUUACCGGCAGAUUUUCGUGCUGAUCCUCUGCACGCUUUACACCGCAUCGCUUUUCAAGCAGAAAAAUGGAUAUAUCAAAAAUACCCUGACUCACGCAGCUCGUCUUCUCGCUUGGUAAAACUAUCAGUAUGGCAGCCCUAAUUCAUGGACCCUUAACUGCAAUCCGCGAGUAGCUCUUAUUACCCCCGCUUCUGGAGUCCAACGUAGAGCUUUCUAGAAGUUGACUGCACUUUGUGUAGAAAAAAAAUAGUAGAAUAGACAGUUUUAGAGUAGUGCCGAAGAAAAUAUGUAUUUACCUGUUACUCAAUGUGCGCUGACUCAUUAUAUACCUUAUUCUGAAGUUGUUGAAAAUAUUCAUGUAAUAAAGAGUAUUUUUCGUGGCAAGAA